AUCUUUUCCCUUCUGCUACCCUCAAUUCUUGGGCAGCUACUGUAAACCAGGUGGCCCUCUAGGCUCUGGACCUGACCCUUGCCCCAUCCUGGAGGCUGCUAGGCAGCCCCGAUUGGUGCCCAAGCCAGAGGGUCCAGUCCCAGAUGGAGCUCCUCCAUUGUCUGGACCUGAAAUGACCCCGAAGCCUGGGCCUGUCCCACCCUGUACUUCACUUCCAUUGCCCCCACCCCCUCUAGGACCAUCAGACAAGCCUCUCUGGGAGCCACCACCUCAAGCUCCCAUUUCUUCAUCAUUCCCUCCGGGUAGCCCUUUGGUUUUGUCUGCUUUCCCUAGUACACUGCUGGUGACAGGGGAUGGGGGAUCAGGCCCUAGUGGGGGUGGGGCUGGUAAGGUUAUUGUCAAAGUCAAGACAGAGGGGGGCCCAGCUGAGGCCCCCCGAACUCAGACCUUUAUCCUCACUCAGACUGCCCUCAACUGGAUUGCCCCAGGUCCUCCCCGUGGGGGCCCUGAAGGUCCCACUCCCCGGUUCCUGGCAGCCACCAAUGUCAAGACCAUUCUCCUUGCUAAGGCGGUUGGGGUGGCUCAGGCUGGUGAAGGAGAGGGACCCCCUACCCAUCCUCCCCUAGCCCCACCACCCACUGCACAACUAGCUCCUAUUAUACCUCCAGAAAAGGCUUGGCGGGGGCCAGAUGGGACUCCUGGGGAGGGAGGCCCACCCCCACCUCGUCCCAAACCCUCUCUGGGUGACCUUUCCUGCACCUCCAAGGGUGUUUAUGAAAACUUUCGUCGCUGGCAACGUUACAAAGCACUGGCCCGGAGACACCUACCCCGGAGCCCUGAUGCAGAAGCCCUUUCCUGCUUCCUCAUCCCAGUGCUUCGUUCCUUGGCCCGGCUAAAGCCAGCUAUGACCCUGGAGGAUGGACUGCCACGGGCGGUGCAGGAGUGGGAGCGAAGUAGCAACUUUGACCGAAUGAUCUUCUACGAGAUGGCAGAAAAGUUCAUGGAGUUUGAGGCCGAGGAGGAAAUGCAGAUUCAGAAGGUGCAGCUGAUGAGUGGGUCUCAGUGCUUGCCUCCUCCAGCCCCUCCUAAGCUUGAUCCCCCAGGACCCCCAGUCUCUGAGAUUUGUCAGCAGCAAGUUUACAUCCCGAAGAAGGCAGCCUCUAAGAGUCGCCCCCCACGUCGUCGCCAACGCCGACCUCCUCGCCCCUCAGCCCCUGAAGCACCCAAGGAGAUCCCACCAGAAGCCGUGAAGCAGUAUGCUGACAUCAUGGCUGGGCUGGUAGGCGUCCCCCAUGCUGCCUCUGGGGAGCCAGAGAAGAAACAAGAAGAAGAAGAGGAAGAGGAGGAUGAAGAAGAGGAGGCCUAUCCUGACCCGGGUCUGCUGAGUUACAUAGAGGAGUUAUGUGCUCAGGAUGUCUUUGUCUCCAAGGUGGAGGCUGUGAUUCACCCUAGGUUUUUGGCAGAGGUGUUGUCUCCAGAGCAACAGAGGGAUCCCUUGGCCCUAAGUGAGGAAUUAGAACAGGAAGAAGGACUUACUCCCACUCAGCUGGUGCAGAAGCGGCUGUUGGCAUUGGAAGAGGAGGAUGAAGAGGAGCCCCCAAGCUGCAGUGGAGCCCAAUCAGACUCUAGUCCUUCUCCUUCCGAUGAAGAGGAAGAUGGGGUUGGGCGGCUCCGACCUUCACCUGGGGCUCAUAUGGCUGGGGCCACUGUCCGCCUGGGGCAGACAGCUUCUCCAGGAAAACGGGCAAGGGGAGAAGGGCAUGGUGGACAGGACAAGGUAGCAGAGGGCCCAAGGGGACUAGGAAGGGAUGGUAAUACUUUGCCAGCCCCCAGUAGCUGGGACCUUCGGCUAGGGAUCUCCACUCCACGGGUGACUAGGGGCCUUUUAGGGGUGGAAGGCAGAGGGUCUGGGAAGGGUACCACUUUGGUGUCUUUGUAUCAGGAAGGCCACUCAGCGGGGCCUGGAGAUCAAGGGGACCAUUUAGUGACUGAGGGGAUCCUAGAAUCCUCUCCUUACAGCUGGCCAAAAGGACCUUAUUUGGAGGGAGCCACCCAUUUGGAGGCUGGACCUCCAGAACCAGUUGAUUUCACUACUUCUCCACAAGGUCAGGGAAUGGGACAACAGGUCACAGGUCUCAGAAAGGGAUGCCAGGUGACAGGUCUUGGGAUGCUUCCUCAAGGGAAGGAGCCAUCUUCUGCUCCCCAGGAAGAGACUGUGGUGGGGACUUCUUGGAGAGGUGACAGAGGAGCUCCCAUGAUCAAAGGCUUUGGCCGGAGCCCCUCCUCUAGAGCAGCUGGGGAUAGGGAAAGGACCCCAUUCAGCUCAGCCCCUUGGGUGAGUAGCAAGGGGGAUUCCACAAAUCUGGAAGUGGUCUCAGGACAGACUGAGGGGAUCAGAGAAAUAUCUCAGUAUGUGGAGUUUCAGGGAGGCCAUCAUGCCCCAGGAACCCAAAGCCACAUUUCUUCCUUGGGGCAUAGAGGAAGUAUUCCAUUUGAGGACACAGAAAAAAGUAUGGCCUCUUCUGAGGACAAGGAUGACACAAGUCCCCUAGAAAAUGUUAACUACUGUAGCUUUUCAGAGCCUCUGAGCACCAGCAGCCCUGUCUUAGGGAUUGGAGGACACAUUAUUGGAAAUGGAGGGGAUCUUAGUGAUUUGUGUCCUGGAGGUAACUCCUCAGUAAUAGCGGGCAACAAUUGUGCCUCCAACCUGGGGUCUGCCAUAAAUACUCUCUCCUCUAGAUGUCCAGACCAUGACCUACUCUUGGGGUCUGUGGAACGUUCCUCCUUUCCAGGGAUGAGGCAUGAUGUUAGUAUAACCGAAAGUAAUGUAAACUCAGCUUCCCCUCUGCUGGGAAUCGCUGAGAAUGGCAAUUUACUGGCUAUCAGAGAUGACCAUGACCUCCAAUUAGUUAUUGGAGUUAACUCUAGUUCACCAAAAGGUAAAUGUUAUGAAUGCCAAAGAGAGGGCAGAGAGUAUUUAGGCCCACCAAAGUUCAAAGACACAAGUCCCUUACCAGAAACCAAGGAUGACUCUAAUACACAAGAGCCCCCAAAACCAGCCUCCCCUAACCAGUGUCUUGGGGACAUACCCCCAAUCCUGGAAACUAGUGACCCUUUGGCUCUUGGAGAAACCUCUUGUCCAGGAAAGGAAAAACUUGGACUCAUAGAUAUGGUUGGCAAAGAACAAGAGGAGGAAGAGGAGGAUGAGGAACUUUCUAACUUUGCUUUCCUCUUGGCCUCUAAACUUAGUCUCUCCUCACGGGGGCUGCCCCUCAGUCCUCUACCUGCCUCUGCAGUGGUUAGGGGACCUAGUCGAACAUCCCAAUCACUGUCUCCAGAGGCUUUAGGCCUCAGUCAACUUCUGUCACCCAUACCGAAGUCUGGGAAACGCUCUCUGGGUGGUGGACCGUCUCCUGUAGACAAAAGGCCCUGCCCGGGGAGUGAAGUGGGUGACUCUGGGGAACUGUCCUUGAAUUUGGGGGAAGCACGGACUUCACAGUCCCGAAAGAGACGCCGUGAAGGUUAUGUCCCUGGGAGGAGAAAGAAGCGAAGGCGGAGCUUGUAGGGGGCAGCCAAAUCAUCCUACCCUCAAUGGGUAAUUCCCUAGGGGUGGGGGUCCUCAGGGUUGGUUUGGGCCCUGUGGCACUCAGAGCUCUUUAAUCUUCUCUCAGCCAUUCCUUUCUGGUUGCUCUAUAAACAUGGUGAGGUUUGGGGGGAGAUCAGCAACUGACCUGGAUGGAGAUGACCACCUCAGUGAGAAGUAAGAUGUGAGAGGACCCUUGGAGGGAGUUUUAUGAGAAAGUGAAUUAAAGACAUCCCUGUUGGAA